GACCGAAGCUAGAGACGGGCAAGCCCGAGGACGACGAGUGGUGGAGCUCCAGGGGCUGGGGCUGGAUUGCCAAGCUAGCGCGGGAGUUGUCUCCGAACUGGUGGCGGAGUUCGAAGAGGGAAGACGACGGCGCUUCCUGGAGGUCCGGAGACUGGGAGAAAGUCGGCGACGGGAAGGACACCGUGUCCGACAGUUGCAGGUCAAGGAACCACUCGGCCCCGCCCGCGUGGCCGGGCACGCAGCGCCUGGACAUCUACGUUCACAAUUUGCGCGCCUGGGCGCGCAGGACAGCAUUCAGCACUGAUCUACGAGCUGAUCGAGUGCUCGAGACCCUCCCUCUCGACCUGCAGACUAGGUGGCUGAGUGCAAGACAAUCAGGCUAUCGCUCGCCGCUGAGUCGGUCGGGCGUCGACAUGAUAGUGGAACGCUUGACUCUUCUCUCGGGCGAGCGUCCAGGAGACAAGGAUCGGCAGAUGCAGAACGAAGCUUUGCUCGAUUACGUUAUCAACGACGGGGGAAGCAUCGCGGACUACGUCAUCCGACGCGACGGACAGACUUUGCAAGCAGAGACCGCUGGGCUGACCCUCGCGGACUCCAUCGAGGCCCGAUACUACGAGGAGGGAGCGAUGCUCCCCAAUCGCAACAGAAUCAAUUUGGCCACGUUCGCCGCCGGCAAGAAGGACUUCGCGCCCAUGCCGCAGGAGCGCAGGGCGUUCAUGCAGGGCCGCGACGUCGAUGCGGACUCCGAGUCGAGCCCAGAGGCGUGCGCAGGUAUCCACGAGACAGAGUUCAGCGAGUCGGAAGCCGAGG